AUGGACAUUAAUGAUACAGAUGAAAUACGUUCUAAUGGUAAACGUGUGUCAAAUUUAUGGGAACAUAUGACGAAGCAAGAAAAUGGAAAUCCACAAUGCAAAAUAUGCAACAAGUUACAAAGUCGGCAAAGUGGUGCAACAAGUGGUUUACGUAAAUAUCUAUUUCAAGCUCACAAAAUGGAAUCAUUUUGUGUUACUUCUGAAAAUCCACCAUCGAAAUCGUACCAAAUCUCAACUGAAGAAAAAAAGAAAAUUGACUCUUUAACUAUAAACCGCAUUGUUCAGGACGGUCGUGGUUUUGAUGAUAUGAGGCGACCAGAAAUGCUAAAAGUGUUCAAACAUUUAGCACCUGGUGUAGCACAUAGACUGCACUUAGUGGUGUGCAGUGGUCUUGGUAUAUGGAUUCGUAAAAAUCCAACAUCAUCAUCAUCCGAUACUCCUACAACAUCAAAUAUUGAUGCAAUAUCAAAUGGUGAUUUAAAUAAUAUUGAUUCCGACAAAGAAGAUUAUACAGAUAAGAUACAACUUAAUCCAGGUUCAUCGUCACUUGAUGAAUCAUCUCAAACAUCAGAUAACUUGUUAAAUAAAAAUGUUCAUCCAAAUGUUACUGUAAAUGAAAUAUUUGUCAAUGAUGAACCAGAUAAUUUAUCAAUUGAUAUUACGGACAAUUGGUCGAUUGAUGUUAUCGAAGAACUUGAUGCUCGUACAGAUGAAAUAGUUCAACAAGAUAUAGGUGUUUUGAUGAAAAAAAGUAGAUCAAUAGUGAAACUCACAAGUCCUCCAUUCUCAUGA